AUGACUAGCAGCACUAGAAGUGAGGAGACAACCACCCUUCCUCUUCCAACAGCUUCAGAACCUGGGAGCACAGCGAUAGCCACCUCAAUGUUUCCAGAGACCUCCACAACUCCUGCAGAAACCACAACCCCAACAGAGAGGACAACAAGAACUAGUACCACUGGAGCUGAAGUGACAACCACACUUUCCCUUCCUUCAACUUCACAACCUGAAAGCACAACUGCAGCCACCUCAACCUCUCCAAUAACAACCACAAUUCUGCAAGACACAACUUCCCCAGCUGAGAGUACACCAAUAAUUAGUACUUCUACAGUAGAAGGGACAAGCACCCUACCCUUUCUUAGCACUUCACAACCUGAAACCAGUGCUGCAGCCACCUCUACCACAGGAAUAACCUCCACCUCUCCUCUAGAGACGACUUCUGCAGCUCAAACUACAGCAAUGACUAGCAGCACUAGAAGUGAGGAGACAACCACGCUUCCUCUUCCAACAGCUUCAGAACCUGGGAGCACAGCAACAGCCACCUCAAUGUUUCCAGAGACCUCCACAACUCCUGCAGAAACCACAACCCCAACAGAGAGCACAACAAUAACUAGUACCACUGGACCUGAAGUGACAACCACGCUUUCCAUUCUUGCAACUUCACAACCUGAAAGCACAACUGCAGCCACCUCAACUGCUCCAGAAACAACCACAGUUCUGCAAGAGAGCACUUCCCCAGCUGAGAGUACACCAAUAAUUAGUACUUCUACAGUAGAAGGGACAAGCACCCUUCCCGUUCUUAGCACUUCACAACCUGAAACCAGUGCCGCAGCCACCUCUACCACAGGAAUAACCUCCACCUCUCCUCUAGAGACGACUUCUGCAGCUCAAACUACAGCAAUGACUAGCAGCACUAGGAGUGAGGAGACAACCACGCUUCCUCUUCCGACAGCUUCGGAACCUGGGAGCACAGCGAUAGACACCUCAAUGUUUCCAGAGACCUCCACAACUCCUGCAGAAACAACAACCCCAACAGAGAGGACAACAAUAACUAGUACCACUGGAGCUGAAGUGACAACCACACUUUCCCUUCCUUCAACUUCACAACCUGAAAGCACAACUGCAGCCACCUCAACUACUCCAGAAACAACCACAGUUCUGCAAGAGACCACUUCCCCAGCUGAGAGUACACCAAUAAUUAGUACUUCUACACUUCGGAACCUGGGAGCACAGCGAUAG